CGAAAGUCUCACCAGGAAGAAGAAAAAACACACCAAGACUUCCCUCCAAAUAACCCUUUCAAAACCUGCCGAAACGUCGCCCAAAUCUCUCGCCGAUGGACUUCGACACUUGCCGACUCGUCGCGGAGAGCUGGGCGGACUCGGUGGACUGUCCCUUCCGCCUCUUGUUCGCAGACGUGGCGGAGAAGCGGCUGGUUUUCUCCGCUCCAAGGAACGAGUCGGUCUCCUUCUACGUCGUCUGUCCGGACUGCGAGACGGAAAACAAAUGGCAUGUCUGGAGUGACUCUGACACAUCCCUCCCCUGCCUCGCCGAUGUACAAGACUUCGCCCAGUCCUGCCAACAGAAGUCCCUGGUGGAUGUGCUCAACAGGACUGCUAAAGCUCUGAAGCCUCUUCUAGGAGGACCAGUUGAUGAUGACCAAGAUGAAGGCCUAGAUGAUGAUGAUGAGGAGGAGGAGGAUGAAGAUGAAGAUUAUGAUGAUGAUGAUCAGGAGUAUUACACCAUGGAUGACCCUGAUGCAGCUCCAGAGACAAACCCUACCUCCUGUAAUACCUGUGUGGAGCAGAAUUGGUGA